AGUUCCAGAUAGGACACAGUAUACUAUGUUUUCUCCUGUGGGAUGAAAGAAGAGCCUGUGCUGGGUCAGGCCAGGGGUCGAAGCUGGAGCAGCUCCCCCCGGGUCCCUUUUCACUGCAGCUGGUUGAGGAUUUUACUGCCUAGAGGUGCGCAGGAAUGUUCACGUCUUGGUUUUCUGAGGGACAUUAGGUUUUAUUGCACCUCGGACGCCAUUUCUGUCCUUCCUUGUUUGGCUGCUGGGCGGCGUGGCAACAAGUGUUUGUACUCCCCCUGGGAGAGACCGGUGGGACGAAGCUAUCCAAGAAGAAGAGGAGGCUAAGUUACCCAAAGAGACCAACAGGACUGCAGACAGCAGCGAGCCAGAGAAGAGGAGAAACAAAAGACAUCACAGCUUCAAUACAAAAGUCAGAGUGUGGCAGAAACACAGAGAGAGGAGAAACAGACGAAGAAGCUGCAGAGUUUUUAACUUUACUCUCAGGAAGCAAAUUCUUCAUUCAGAGCCUGGAGCAGAGAGAGCAAGCUGCUGUGGCAGAGCUCAGUGGUGUGCAGCAGCACUAUGGGCAGGAAGGACGACGGCUGUGGUUCAGAGGACAUUGACCCCAAAAUAGACGUCCACACUGACAGAAAGACUGGAAGCUUCAACCAACGCUCGUUCUGCACCCCCACCGAAGCCGGUAACUCGCCUGACGACAGAUCGUCACAGUCUGAAUCUGCUUUUCUUGGUGACAAUGCUGUCAACGGCGCUGAUGAUGGAGUGAAGAGGAGUCAAAAGGGAAAGAGCUGCGAGGACGAUGAAGAGGGCCACCUGGUCUAUGACAUCGGCCUCGUGAUGAAAGAAAGAUAUGAGGUGGUAUGUACUCUGGGAGCAGGAGCCUUUGGAAAAGUGGUGGAGUGUAUUGACAGAGACAAACAGGAGCGCGUAGCCGUGAAGAUCGUGAGGAACAUAGACUGUUUCCGUGAGGUAGCGAGGUCUGAGAUCGCAGUGCUGGAGGAGAUCAACAGCCUGGAUGAUGACAAACGAUUUGCCUGUGUGAGGAUGCUGGACUGGUUCGAGCACCAGGGUCACAUCUGCAUUGUGUUCGAGCUGCUCGGCAUCAGCACAUUCGAGUUCCUGCGACAGAACGAGUUCCUGCCGUUCAGCGUGGAGCAGAUCAGACACAUGGCCUACCAGAUCGUCAGAGCCGUCUGCUUCCUGCAUCGUAACAAGCUGACCCACACAGACCUGAAGCCAGAGAACAUCCUGUUUGUCUGCUCAGACUUCAGCCUGGUGCACAAAGAUGAGACGAAUUGUGAAGACAGGAAACUGAAGAGUCUGGAUGUGAAGGUGGUGGAUUUUGGCACCGCCACAUUUGACCACGAGCACCAUGAAUCCCUGGUGUCCACACGCCACUAUCGAGCUCCAGAGGUCAUACUGGAUCUGGGCUGGAACCAGUCGUGUGACGUUUGGAGUCUGGGCUGUGUUCUCAUGGAGUUUUAUCUGGGACGUACACUCUUCAUGACCCACGACAGUAAAGAACAUCUGGCCAUGAUGGAGAAAGUCCUAGGACCGAUUCCUCCGAACCUGCUCAAACAGACAAGAAAGCAGCAUUACGUGCACAACGAGCAUCUGAACUGGGACGAGCAGAGCUCCUCUGAUGAUUACAUCAGGAAACACUGUCAACCUCUCAAGCAGUACAUGCAGAGGAAGACGGAGGAAGAGCGGCAGCUGUUCGACCUGAUCAGCUGCAUGUUGGAGUACGACGUCUGCAGACGGAUCACCCUGGAGGAGGCGCUGUGGCACCCGUUCUUCAGCCCGAUGAGGACGCAGAAGCAGCAGCGCAGUUAGCACACACGCGUUCAACAUCUACCUUAGCCUGUAAAUUAAGUGUUGUGAUCACUGAGCAGGGUUUGUAGUCCUGAGUCGAUGAGUUGGAUGAUUUUCAGUUUCAUGUACAGUCGUACCACUUUCAGAGAGCAUUCCUGUCAAUGUGAAACGUUUCAUCUAAUAGUCCUCCUGUCGUUAAUUCCAUGUUUUCUUUCAUUGGUCUCUUUGUCAUUUCUGUCAGCAGUUUGUCAAUAAAUAUUUUGCAUUUUCACCCAGGA